GGGCGCGUAAUGUGAAAGGGGAGUUUGGCCGAGAGCCCGAGCCGAAAAUACCGAGCUCUCAUAGCUUUGGAAUCGUCGAAAAUUUCCAGCCACCAGCCGGGUCUCCGCCGAUUGCCAUGUUCGAACCGAAUGAUCGUCAGCCUCAGGCUGAAAGCAACAUGGAUGAGUCGGCGGCCGAGGGCGGAGUGCAGGCCGGUGGAGCCAAGGCCGUGCAGGUGGUGCUGGCCAAGGAUGACCACACGUUCGAGCUGGACGAGCAGGCCCUUGAGGACAUCCUGAUGCAGGACCACGUAAAGGACAGGAACGUCGUUGUUGUCUCGGUGGCCGGCGCCUUUCGAAAGGGCAAAUCCUUCCUCCUCGACUUCUUCCUCAGAUACAUGAAUGCGCAGUGUACGCAGGGCGCCGAGGACUGGCUCGGAGAUGAGGAGUCGCCCUUGGACGGCUUUUCGUGGAGAGGAGGCUCGGAACGCGAUACGACCGGCAUUCUCAUGUGGUCAGAGGUCUUCCUCGUGGACCUACCGUCGGGAGAGAAGGUGGCUGUUAUUUUAGUCGAUACUCAAGGUGCUUUCGACAGUCAGAGCACUGUUCGCGACUGUGCCACUGUUUUCGCCCUCAGCACCAUGACCAGCUCGGUCCAGAUCUAUAAUUUAUCACAAAAUAUCCAAGAAGACGAUUUGCAGCAUCUGCAGCUUUUCACCGAGUACGGCCGACUGGCACUGGAAGACUGCGGCGACAAGCCUUUCCAGAAAUUGCAGUUUCUCGUCAGAGACUGGAGCUUCCCUUACGAGGCUGACUAUGGAGCUAAAGGAGGAAAAAUGAUCUUGGACCGUAGACUUCAGGUUUCAGAAAAGCAGCAUCCUGAGCUCCAGUCAUUGCGAAAGCACAUCAGAUCAUGUUUUUCCGAAAUCUCGUGCUUCCUCAUGCCACACCCUGGGCUCAGAGUGGCCACCAACCCAAACUUUGAUGGCAGGCUAAAGGACAUUGAAGGAGAUUUCAAGAAGCAACUGGGGAUUCUGAUCCCAAAACUGCUAGCCCCCGAAAACCUUGUGGUGAAGGAAAUCAGCGGACAAAAGGUGAAGGCCAAGGAGCUGGUGCAGUACUUCAAGUCCUACAUCCAGAUUUACAAAGGCAGCGAACUCCCAGAGCCGAAGUCCAUGCUAGAGGCGACAGCGGAAGCGAACAAUUUGUCUGCUGUGGCUGGUGCUAAAGAGAUGUAUCAUACAUUGAUGGAGGGCGUGUGCGGCGGCGCGAAACCCUUCCUUAGCAGUGAACACCUUGAGGCCGAACACUUGCGGAUUAAAGAGAAAUCCAUGGGUCACUUCAGCAGCAAGCGCAAAAUGGGUGGAGAUGAGUUCUCGCAAAUCUACAAGGAAAGACUCGAGGCGGACAUUGACGAGCUGUUUGUGCAAUUCAAAUCCCACAAUGAGAGCAAAAAUAUAUUCAAGGCAGCGAGAACACCAGCAGUUUUCUUCACAAUCGCCGUCUUCUUCUACAUCAUGUCAGGCAUUUUCGGUCUGGUCGGUCUCUACUCUCUCGCCAAUCUAUGCAACCUAAUAAUGGGCACAGCCCUGCUCACGCUCGCACUCUGGGCCUACGUCAGAUAUAGUGGUGAAAUGAGAGAAAUCGGCACGCAGAUCGAUGAGAUUGCAAACGCACUUUGGGAAAAUAUAAUGAAGCCGGUGUACGUGCAAUGCAUGGAGACGGGCAUGCAGCACGCGGCGCGCCAAGCUGUGCAGCACGUGGCCGGUCCUUCGACGCCAAACAACAGGACGAGCGUGGCCACCACAAAGACGGCGGCGAAACCGAACGGAAAGGUCAAGAGCUCAUGAUGGCGGACACCCGUCGCCGUUCUGACAAAUCACCAGUGCCUCUUUUGUAACUAGAUACCACUCUCAAAAGCUGAUUCGCUUCCAAGGAUUUUACGCUCCCUCUUUAUUUAUUCCACUCCACUCCUGCACACUUCCAUUUCUUUUUCUUCCGGUUUUAGUGCUUAAGUUCAGGCUUUGUUAUUGUGGUGGUUUAAAUACAUUGUUUGCCAUAAGUUUCCUAUCUAUUUAGUGAUAUAUUACUCGAUCGUUGCUCACCGUCCGACAUGUUCGGAUUGCUUGUCACACAAAAUGUAAUUCCGCGGAAACUGCAAUCAAGCAAGGGUUCUGUAAAGACUCCUGAAGCGCUUUGAAAACUAUAUUUACUUCAAAAAUUAUUUUUCUCCGUUGUUAACAAAAAUUGUGAGGAACACAGCUUCGCCUUUUCCCAAAAAGGUGAUUUCUUCCCCUUCCAAUUCCCUUAAGAGUACCUUCUAUGAAAUUCAGCGUGCCAAUGUACAAAGAGAGGAGAAAAUACAUAUAUUAAUUAAUUACAUAAUUGAAGCUUAUAUUUGCAUUGAAAUAAGUCUAUUUAAACUUGGAGAGAUUAUCAACCGUGUUGUUGGAAAGGAUUCUCAGCCACAUUUCAUUCAGAAUUAACAGAUCAAGAGAUAUUAUCCUAUGUGUAGACACGUGGUUUGAGAGGGGCACCACAUCUUGCCAAAUAUUUUUGAAAACUUUUUUAAAAAUCGAACAACUUCGGCAAAUUUAAAUGAGAGUGUUUUGUAACUUUCCCCCACUCAAUUUUGCAAGUCUUUACUUUAUAGAAUUUAUGGAUUUGUAUGUUUAAGUUUUGUCGUGUAAUCAAUUGUUGAAAUUUACAGUUAAUAAAACGUUUGUUAAAACUUA